AUGUUGCUCAAAGGUCAAGCCAAAGGAGGGGGUCUCAACAACCACCCAAAGGGGCAAAAGACCAAGAAGCCCGAGGCAACCGCCAAUUUGAAGAUGGAAUCUUUCAAGACCACAUGCAAAGGGAAAGGUAUUAUCUCCAUUUCUCUUCUAAAUCAAUUGUUUGUGAAAGAGGCAUUAUGUAUGAUGAUUUUGAACAUUUGGUCAUUAGAGAUGUUGAGAAAUCAAGGAUGGGAAAGAUUUAUGAGACCAGUUGCAGAUGACAUCGAAUGCAUUAUGUAUGACGAUUUUGAACAUUUGGUCAUUAGAGAUGUUGAGAAAUCAAGGAUGGAAUUUACUACCUUUGUGAGAGGCCGCGAGUUUAUUGUUAAUCCUAGGGCAAUUUUUGAUAUGAUUAAACCCAUGCCUAAGAUAGUUGACGCAAUGUACCCUCAUAAUCCCCCAAUUGACUACGAUUCAAUAGGUGGGAAAGGUGUUGUGAUUGAUCCGAGUCAGAAGGUUGUGGAGACACUAGCCCAAUAUGAUAAGGCUAAACUCCAUAGCAGUACAAGGCAUGUUGCAGGACGAGGGGAUGUGUUUGGUGAUGAGGAUGCAAUUAGGCAAGUUGAGGAUGAUGCACAUAAUGAAGAACAAACUACAUGGGAACAAGCACCAACUGGGUCAGGGUCUGAUAGGGAUGUAUUACUGGGACUCCAAGUACAAAUGAAUGAGUUUGGGGCAAGAAUGGAUCGCCUCAAGGAUAAUCAACUAGAGAUCCUACGUCUUUUGAGACAAGGACGUGGUGCUGGACCUUCAUCUUCCACAGAGUGA